CUUGGAAACAUCACUGCCGACAACAUCGGCGUGGCCAAUUUUACCACAAGCCUCAGCUCGCAACCUCUCACCUGGACCAUCGGACAAUCGCAAACCCAAUCUAACACGUCGAUCGUCAUCGCCCGCGAUUUCUAUCUUGGCCAGCCUCCCUCUCUCAACAUACAGCUACAAUCAGGCACUCCCGACUGUGGUAUAUUUUUCUACGGAAUUGCACCUUUGCUGCAGUUCCCCGAUCCCAGCGGCGUUGACCAAGGCCCAAUUUCCGGCGCAUGUGCGGAUGCACUCACGCUUCCUUGUGUGGAGGAUCUGCAGAACCAAAUUGUAGAAGUGCUGACUGCAAAUUCAACCAUGGAUUGUCUUAGCCUUGCAGCCAUACUACAACCGAAAGCGCCGACAAGCUGCCCGGCUCAGAACGGGAACUGGGGGGAGGUUUCUGCAAAAUCCAUCUCGGGACCUGGUGCACCUUCUCCAUUGUCGCUUUCUGAUUGUCAUCCAACGAUCGAAAACGACUAUUCUCUGAUUCAUAUCGACGAUGUUAGCAGCUCACCUUUCCAGGCAGAUGGCGGUAUUGGGUUUGAUGGCUUUGUGUUUGGGAUAACUCCGGUUCUACAAUUCUCCAUAACGCAUUGGAUUCAAAGCCUGAGGUGCACUUAGCAUGCCUGAAGGUCAUUACGAGCGAGGGCAAUGCCGCUGAGCAGGUGUCCGCAAGCACAGCCUGGGUUCCAGAUCUCGUCCUUGGAUACUCUGCCGUACUGAUUCUG